GAACUGAGAAACAUCAAUUUUUGCAAAUGAACCCUAAAUAAAGCCAUACAUUGUUAAAAUGUUAAUAUCAGACGGAAUCAAUCAUGGCAAAUUACAAUCAAUUAUAGUUGGUGAAUUAAAGAAAGCUGGAUUAAAGCAUCGUUUAAAGAAAAUCAUAUUAAAGAAUGUGAAAGACCAUAAGACUGUAUUUGGAGCCCCUUUAGUAAAAGUUCCAUCAUGUAGUGUAAUUUGUUGUGGCAGUACAUUGAGUAUUCCUAAUGUAGUGAGUGAAAUGUCGUCUGUUCUACGAGCAAACGCAAAUGUGGAGGGCUUAUUUCGUAAAGCUGGUUCACAAACCCGCCAAAAAGACAUUAAGCGAUUAUUAGACGCAGGGGGCUGUGUAUCAGAGGGUCAUCAUCCAAUAGACGUGGCUAGUGUGCUAAAGUUAUAUUUGCGUUGUUUACCGGAACCUCUCAUAAGUGCGGAAGUCCAGGAUUUACUACUCCGAUGCAGGGUGACCGCUGGAGAAGAUGGGCUUAAACCUAUUUUACACACAUUAUUACUUCUGCCAGUACUACAUGUUCAUUUAUUACAUUAUAUUAUGGAGUUACUUAAUUUUAUUGCAUCAAGACACAAAGACAAUCUGAUGGACUCAUCAAACCUUGCUAUAGUGAUGGCGCCCAGUAUUAUGCCCUUGCCGGCUGCAUCAUCAGCUCAGAGGUUGGAACACCAUGUGGCUCUUGUUAAAAUGUUCAUAGAGAACUCGCAGCACAUUGGUGUACUAACGGAGGAGCUGAUGACGCAGCUGGACGACGACUGCGACCUGCAUCAUGCCAGGAGGAAGAAGCGACGGAGCGGUUCACUCAAUAGAAUGCUCAGUGGUUUACGUAAAAUGGUGUCUGGGAGCGCUAACACUCCAGCGACGGUGCCCGAGCACUCCAAGACCCCUGUCAUCAGCAAGUCCGCCGCCAAGCGCAAGAUGGAAGGCUACGAGGGACUUUCUGCCAAAAUAAAGAAAGAAGUAACGAAAAAUCUGCCUCAGCGAGAAUUAUCUUUUACACCUAUGAAAAUGGGCAUCACUGAGAGGAAAAGAUUGCGACUAAGCUUCAAGGAUAUAAAGAACACACCAAAUAUAAACUCGGAAACCAGCGUCAGUAGCGAGGACAUGCUGACGUCCUCUGAGAAUUUGUUCAGCGCUCACGACACCAUAGACCUGUCCCCAGACAUGAAGCAAACUGAUAAGGACUACGUCAGGAUCUCCAAGCAGGAGUACGAGGAGAUCAAGAGCAGAGUAUCCGCCAUAGAGAACAGACUGUCUAGAGAAUUCACAGACGUAAUCCCCAAUGUGCAGCCCUUGCAGCAUGUGCAAAAUGCCUAUGAACAAACCUUAGAGGAGGUCGCCAUGUUGCACUGCCCCAGCUCUGAACAUCUCGCGCGAAGACUGAGCAAAGAACUGAAGAUUCGACCAAAGGAACAAGCCAAAAUUAUAAGAUCUCCUAGUGCUAGAAAAAUUGGCUCAAUUCGACGCCGAUCAAAGGAAAACUUAACUAAAAUAGUUCGACACAAAUCUUGGAACGUGUCGACACAUUCGCAAGCUAGUCAGAAUUCAGAUAGAUUCUAUCCGUACGGUGGAGUCGUACCUAGAGAAAGGACGAGUACAAUGAAACCAGAAUCGCUCAUUAAAAGUCAAGCCGACGACGAAUGGAAUCUAUCUAAUUGCGAUAACUCUGUAAAUAACAUAUCAAACUCGAGUCAAAAGUACAGGCUCCGGAAGCGAACUAGUCUCGCUCCCGAUUACAACUUAGACAAAACUAUAGGAAAGCUUCAACCGAGAAGAUCGCUCAAUAUCACAAUGGACAACAGUUACGACGGCAUCUCAGAAAACUCUCUCAAUAAUAGCGACAAAUCGAAUUCAAAUCAAUAUCAGUAUUAUAGAAAUAACACGAAAAGUAUUAAGUAUUCUAAUAGACCAUCGCAACAAAAAUGGCGAAACGCAGCCGCUUUCUUUAUGGAAAAAACUGGGGAAGUGGAGAAUGAUAGUCAAACUGGUAGACCAUCGGUUAACAAGCUGCGGCAACAGAACGCAGGCGCGGUGCUCGCUAAAGCCAAGCUCUUCGAAUCCGGUUCCGACAAGUCCUCGGAAAGAAACGACAAGACAGAUUCUAAUUUCGCGAGACGACCUCGAACGAACGGACAAAACAAACCGCUAAAAAGUAUUACAAAUAACAAAUCUAAGAUACCAACUUCCCCGAAUAUACCCAAUCGAUUGAACAAAGAGUAUAAUAAAAACUAUUUACGGCCUUAUCCAUCUACGAGUGAAGGUAAAGAGGAAGCUAUAAACUGGCGGUUCAACAGAAAAGCGACGACUCCUGUGAAAAAAAUAGUCUCCCCUCAAAAUGGGGCUCCGAAAGCCCAAACCCCGGUUAUGAAGAAACCAUUAUGCCAACCGAAAAGUUUACGAACUCCGGCGCAUUCGGGAGAUGUAAAGAAACUGAACACUCCACUGAAAGCAGUUCACGUGUCGCCGCGAAGACGAUCUCCUCGACAAAAGUUGCAACGUUCAUUUAAUUAAUUCAGUAUUUUCAUAUACAAGUUAAAUCGAAAGGUAUUAAUAGUAAGAUUUAGCUAAUA